CAGCUGUUGACCAAGUGCUCUGGGGGCCCGUUUAUUUGCAUUGCUAAACAAUCCGUGGAGUGGGCCGAGUACGGAGAAAUACAGCAAGAUUUCAUUUUUUUAUAUUAUAGUAGGACCCUCCUCUUACUAUUGGUCAAUGAUCUCACACGUUCUUGCCUUCGGUCGACAGGGCGGCCGCAGCGGGUGACCAAAGCCAAGUGUCUCGACAGUCAAGUGAACUCGCGUACACGGAGGGGGCGCUUUGGGCACUUCAUUUUGCGCUUUGGGUCCAGCGAGCCCGUAAAGGUAGUGAAACCACAAAGAUCAACUCUUUUCCUAUUGCGAGGAGUUAACGGGCUGGUGGUGUGACGUUCUCUCCAGGGGAACCACAAGGAUCCACAUAAACAUGUUAUUUGAACUACGUGGCUUGAGUUGGUCGACCAACAAAAGAAUGUUGUCAAUUUUAAUAUGUAUCAUAUGCUGCAUUCACUCUGGGAAAAGUCAGUCAUGCACAGAUGGAUUUACUUAUGACCGUCGUGCCAGACAGUGUAUCGACGUUGAUGAAUGCCGAACACUGCCAGACCCGUGCCGGGGUGACAUGCUGUGCGUAAAUCAGAAUGGUGGAUACCUGUGCAUCCCCCGUGGACUCUACUCCCAAUCUUAUUCCCGCAGCAGCCCACGCUCCUACCCUGAGCCUUCCUAUCCUGAAGAGUCCUACCCUGACAGAUCGCUUGGAUAUCCUGAACCAUUUAUCCCUAAUGGUCCUCCUGUGGGAGCAGGUCCUGGUCCAGGCCCUGGUCCGAGCUACCCAAUAGUGAGCCGGUCCACUCCCUGCCUUCUCGGAUAUACACCUGGUGAUGAUGGUGCUUGUGUUGAUGUUGAUGAAUGCGAGACAGGUUCUCAUCAGUGUAACCCGACUCAGGUGUGUAUAAAUACAGCCGGUGGAUAUACCUGCUCAUGUACUGAGGGCUAUUGGCUGGUGGGUGGACAGUGCCAAGACAUUGAUGAGUGUCGCUAUGGUUACUGCCAGCAGCUGUGCGCUAACAUCCCUGGCUCAUAUUCCUGCUCCUGUAGUCCGGGAUUCCUCCUUAAUACAGAUAGCAGGACAUGCCAAGAUGUGGACGAGUGUGAGACAACCCCAUGCGCUCACGGCUGUUUGAACACAUACGGCUCAUUCAUGUGCACCUGUGACGAGGGCUUCGAGCUCGCCUCUGAUGGGACCACCUGCAACGAUCUGGACGAGUGCAGUUUCUCAGACUUUCUUUGUCAGCACAUGUGUGUGAACACGCCAGGAUCAUUCUCCUGUGUGUGUCCUUCUGGAUAUUAUGUGUAUGAGGAUGGAAGGAGCUGUGAAGAUCUCAAUGAAUGUGAGUCUGGUAACAACACCUGUACAACAGCACAAGUGUGUUUCAAUUUCCAGGGAGGUUACACAUGUCUGGACCCUCUUAGAUGUGACCGACCUUACAUAGAGCUCAGUGACAAUCAGUGCAUGUGUUCUGCAGAGAAUCCUGCAUGUCGGGAAAGACCCUUUACUAUCCUGUACAGGCAUAUGGAUUUGUCUUCUGGCCGCAGUGUUCCUGCUGAUAUAUUUCAGAUGCAGGCCACCACACGUUACCCUGGAGCAUUUUACAUCUUUCAGAUCAAGUCUGGCAAUGAGGGGCGAGAGUUUUACAUGCGGCAAACCAGUAAUAUCAGUGCAACUUUGGUUCUGUCCCGGCCCAUUAAAGGACCAAAGACCAUCGUUCUAGACCUAGAGAUGGUUACCGUUAAUAACGUCAUCAACUUCCGAGGCAGUUCAAUCAUCCGCCUCACAAUAUUUGUCUCCGAACAUCCAUUCUGAGGCUUUACAAAUGAAUGAACCUCUGACCUCUCACCUCUUCAUGGCCCCAUACCUCCAUCAUGGACUUCCUGUUACUGCACUACACUGGCAGCUGCAUUUCUUCAUUUUUUUUUUGUUUUGUUCUGUGGUUCUGGACUCUCAUGUGGUCAUCACUCUUUCUGUCUGCUCUCUAGUGGGCGGAGCUUGUGUUGAUCUUUGAUAUUUCAUGAUGCAGGUUUUUAAUUAGGCUGCCUGGCUGUCGCAGUCACACACAUGUAACCGUAAACAGAAGAAUAUUUAUGUCGUGUUUCUUUUGUCUCAUUUGUUUGUAUUUCCCAAUGUGCUUUUUCUUCCCCCAAUUUCAAUUUUUUUUUCUCCUUUUUGUUUUGUAAAGCUGGAUUUGUUUGUCGAUACUUUUAGUGACACUUGUGUCACAUUGUCUCACUGUGAAUGUGAGUUUUUGAGCGCCGCUUUCAUUAUUUCUUAACCUUUGAAUACCCCAAGCAAUGAGAGAGCUGCUUGGCUUUCACAUUUUCACAAUUUUUAAAUAACUCUGACAGGAGUCUGCAGUGCAUCUUCAGCACCUGUGACCCAGGAAAGUUUCAGAAAAAAAAAAUUAUUUGUUUGAAAAUUAUCAUUGCAUCUGUGCAGAAUUUCCUCCGUGUAUCUGUUUUUUUAUAUGACAGGUAAAGAGAGCCUGGUCAAUCAAUAAACAAAAAUUUGAUGACCUGAAA